GGCAACGCGAACACUUGGUGGAAGUAUUUCAUGGUUUGCAGACCUGAGGGUUUCCCUCCCCUGAUUUGGACUCAGUUCUAUCGGGCCUUCCUUGAGAAGUAUGUGCCCCGGUCUUUGAGAGAGGCGCGUAGGGAGGAGUUUUUCGCCUUGAGCAGAGGGGCAUGUCUUUGGAGUCCUAUGUGACCGUUUUCUAUAUCUGGCCCGUUAUUCCACUCCGUUGAUCCCUGCUGAGGCCGAUAGGAUCAGGCGUUUUGUUGGGGGACUAGUGGGCUCUCUACCAAUUCCUUGUCUUCAGAUGGAGUCUAUGGGGGCUUCCUUCCAGUCCAUUAUCGAGCAUGCUUCUAUGGUUGAGGGCGCUAAGGCCCGUGCUUUUGGUGGUGGUGACAAGAGGCCACGUCAGACUGGGAGUUAUGGUGGUUCUAGUUCGAGAGGCGCCGGUCAGUUUUCGAGGCCGCAUCAGCCAUAUUUCGAUCGUCCUGUGCAUUCAGCGUUACAGGCUUCCCCCAGUGAGCCACCUAGGCAGAGAGCUCCUGAGAGUUCGUUCUCCAGACCAGUGGACAGGGCUGCUUCAUCCGGGUCUUCAGUUUCUGUGUAUCAGCAUUCGUCUCCUAUUACCUGUUUUUCUUGUGGAGAGGUUGGGCAUGUUGCUAGGAGAUGUCCCCGACCCAGGCGGGAUUAUCAGCCGCCGAGGACUCCGAUAUCAUCUGGUGGUCGAGGUGGGACUUCUCAGAGGGGCGGCGCUCAGUCAGGCCAUGGUGCUUCUCAUGGUUCUAGAGGUGGUUCCCAGCCAGCUAGAGGUGGUUCACAGAGUGAGAGAGGGGGAUCUCGUACUGAGCGUGGUGGAGCCCAUUGUUACUCAUUUCGGGUAGGCCUGCGAGAGGCCUCAGAUGUUGUGAUUUCAGGUACCAUUUAUGUCCGUCAUAGAGCAGCAUCUGUGUUAUUUGAUCCUGGAUCCACCUAUUCGUAUGUAUCUGCAUUUCAUGUCGUUGGUUGGGAUUUGCCUUGUGAUAGCAUAGAUAUACCUGUUCAUGUGUCUACUCCGGUCGGAGAUUCUGUGAUUGUUGAUCGAGUUUACCGGUCUUGUUUGGUUACUUUUAUGGGGUAUGACACUUGGGUAGAUUUGAUGAUUCUCGAUAUGGUGGACUUUGAUAUUAUAUUGGGGAUGUCCUGGCUUUCUCCUUAUCACGCGAUCUUGGACUGUCACGCCAAGACAGUCACCUUAGCCAUGCCGGGCAUUCCUAGGCUUGAGUGGAGGGGUACUCCUAGUCCCGCUCCGAAGAAGAUCAUUUCCUUCCUUCGGGCGAAGAAGUUAGUAAGUAAGGGGUGUUUAGCCUAUUUGGCUCAUGUUCGUGAUACGACGGUUGCAUCUCCACCCCUUGAGUCUAUUCCUAUUGUGAGCGAGUUCGCGGAGGUAUUCCCGUCGGAUCUGCCGGGUAUGCCACCCGAUCGCGACAUUGAUUUCUGUAUUGACUUGGAUCCGGGCACUCGUCCUAUUUCUAUUCCACCAUAUCGGAUGGCACCUGCUGAGUUGAGAGAGCUUAAGGAGCAGUUAUAUGAGCACCAGCGACCCGGUGGUGUGCUUCAGAGGAUGCCCAUUCCCGAGUGGAAGUGGGAGAGGAUUACCAUGGAUUUUGUUAUGGGUCUUCCGAAGACCCUUGGCAAGUUUGACUCUAUUUGGGUGAUAGUUGAUCGGUUGACUAAGUCCGCUCACUUUGUUCCAGUUCAGGUUUCCUAUACCACGGAGAAGUUAGCCAAGAUGUACAUUCGGGAUAUUGUGAGGUUGCAUGGGGUUCCUAUUUCUAUUGUAUCUGAUCGGGGUACUAUCUUCACUUCCCGAUUCUGGAGGGCGUUUCAUGAGGAGUUGGGUACCCGAUUGGAUCUUAGUACAACUUUUCAUCCCCAGACCGAUGGCCAGUCCGAGCGGACCAUUCAGGUGCUCGAGGACAUGUUGAGAGCGUGUGUUAUUGAUUUUGGUGGUCAUUGGGAUCAACACUUACCAUUGGUAGAGUUUGCGUACAAUAACAGUUAUCAUUCGAGUAUUGGUAUGGCGCCUUUUGAGGCUUUGUAUGGUAGGAGAUGUAGAUCUCCGGUUGGUUGGUUUGAUGGAUUCGAGGCUCGACCUUGGAGUACGGAUCUGUUGAGAGAGUCCCUUGAUAGAGUGAGAGUUAUUCAGGCCAAGCUUUUGGCAGCUCAGAGUCGGCAAAAGAUGUAUGCGGACCGGAAGGUCCGGGAUUUGGAGUUUGCUAUUGGUGACCAGGUUCUAUUGAAGGUUUCACCCAUGAAGGGUGUUAUGAGGUUUGGUAAGAAGGGCAAGUUGAGCCCCAGGUAUAUUGGUCCAUUUAAGAUUAUUGGUCGUAUGGGUGAUGUAGCUUAUGAGUUGGCAUUGCUGCAAGGCUUGGCGGGAGUUCAUCCGAUUUUUCAUGUUUCGAUGCUGAAGAAGUACCAUGCCGAUGGUACCUACAUUGUUCGUUGGGAUUCUAUAUUGCUUGAUGAGAAUUUGACUUAUGAGGAGGAGCCUAUCGCGAUCUUGGAUAGGCAGGUUCGAAAGUUGAGGUCGAAAGAGAUUGCUUCUAUGAAGGUGCAAUGGAAGCACCGUCCUAUUGAGAAGGCUACUUGGGAGACCAAGUCCGACAUGCGUAGCCGAUAUCCCCAGUUGUUCACAAUUCAGGUAUUUUCCCGCUUUUUUCUUUUCUUCGCUCGAGGACGAGCGAUGGUUCAAUUGGUAUCUGAUGUAACGACCCGUUUGGUCGUUAUAGUCUUUUCGGCAUUUUUGCCCUUUCUCGAGCAUUGAUUAGCUCAUUUUUUACCCGAGGGGACCGUUGGCACGCUUCUCGAGGUGUCUAGAUCGGAUUCGGGCAACUUUUGUGAAAUAUAGGCUUAAAGUGAAAAAUAGUUGACCCAAAGUUGACUUUUGGGUAAACGGACCUUUUUCAAAAAUUCGUCGAUUUCGAGAGGUCCGGAUGGUCGUUUAGAACUUGUGUGUAUAUCUGGUUCGGUUCCCAAUGCACUCGGAUGCAUUUUGGGACUUGGGUUGGGAAAUUGGAAUUAAGGUAUCGGGGGUUGACUCGGUCAACGAGACCUCCGUUGGAAAUUUCGAGGCCACAGGCGCGUUCGUAGCGUGUUUUUAUGUGUGUCUAUGUGUAUGGUAUGUGAGCAGAUGGCCUCGGGAAUUAGUCGGAAAAUCGGAUUGA